AUGGCUCCCCUCCCGAAAACGAUGAAGGCCAUCCAGCUCAAGAGCUUCAACGCGCCGUAUGCCGUCUCCCGCGUGCCCGUCCCGCGGCCGGAGCCCCACCAGCUCCUCAUCCGCGUCCGCGCCGCCGGCUUCUGCCACACGGACUGCAUGGUCAACGAGGGCGCCUUCGAUUCCCCGCUGCCCGUCAUCGGGUCCCACGAGCCCGCCGGCGUCGUCAUCGAGGUCGGCACCGAGGUGCAGGGCUUCAAGGAGGGUGACUGCGUGGGGUGCAUCAACUUUGAGGGUGCUUGUGGGAAAUGCCCCGACUGCAAGGCCAGGAGGCCGGUCUACUGCGACAACAUGCUCAUGAAGGGGAUCACCACUGACGGUGCCUGGGCGGAGUACAUGGUUGCAGACUGGCGCUUCACCGUCAAGAUACCAUAUGCCAUGUCCUACCCGGUGGCCGCCUGCCUCAUGUGCGCCGGCAUAAGCAUCUACGGCGGCAUCAAGCGCGCCGCCGUCCCGCCCGGCGGCUCCAUCGGCAUCGUCGGCAUCGGCGGGCUGGGCCACAUCGGGACGCAGCUCGCCAAGGCCAUGGGCUACAAAGUCGUCGCCAUCGACGUGAAGCAGUCCGCGCUGGACCUCGCCGCCUCGUACCCCCUGAAACCAGACCUCGCCAUCCUCGCAACCACGCCCGCCCCCGACGCCGUCUCGCAAAUCGCGCAGGUCGUGGGCGGCGCGUACCCAGGCCUCGACGCCACGGUGCUCGCAACCGACGCGCCGGCGGCGUUCAAAUUUGCCGCCGCGGUGACGCGGAAGCACGGCACGCUGGUGCUGCUGGGCCAGCCGGACGCGGGCAUCACCAUGUCGUACAAGGACGUUAUAUUCCGCGACCUGACGCUCGUGGGCUCGCUGGUCGCGAGCAGGGAGGACACGGAGGAGCUGCUGGGGCUGGUGGCGGAGCACGGGGUCGAGGUGAAGAUGAAGGAGUGGCGGAUUGAGCAGGCGGAGGAGAUGAGGCAGGAGUACCUUGGGGGCAAGGGGGAGGGGAAGAAUGUGGUUGUGUUUGGGUGA